UUGACAAAAUGGGGUCGAAUUAAAGUCUACACUCACAGGCUAGUUAAGAACUCCGCAUGCUGGCCAUACGGCAUUAAGAACCGCGCCAUGGAUGUGGGCCACGGAACAGAGUUCGCGGAGACAGACAGCUGCAUGCUCCAGAUUCUCUUUACAUCGAGCUCGCUCCGACGGACUGGAACGAUUGAAUGCCAACAUCUGCCGCGGCCGUCGGAAGUCGAAGAGAGGGAGCGAGUGAGGGAAAUGGCCGUUGCCGCGGCCAUCGGCAACAUAAAUGCCAGCACGAAAUCGAGCAUGCAGACUGAACCCAUGUGUCAUCGGCACCAGAGCCAAUGGAGGGAAGGGAGGAGAGGAGAGGAGCCGGAACCCUGGCCUUGCAUUCUCAGCCUCGUCGCCCUCUGCACUUUGCAAGAAAUUGGAGAGUGAGGGCGAAAAGGUAGCUCUCAGAUCUUUCCAUGCGAAGGUGGUCACGUCUGAAAGAGGAAGGAAGGUUGUACGACACAAAUCUCUUCAAGAAAUAAGGUCGUGCUGACAGGGGACAAAUUCUGGGGAGAGCGGCUGGGCUGGGCUCGAGGUUUCAUGUCGUUGGCGUGUUCUCUUCGACGAUGAUUGGUAGUGAGUCCGAAUCUAACGUCCGGAAGUCAAAAUCGGUAUCGAUUCCGUGUCAGCUCUCUUCUCUGAGGAUGCAAGUGCGGCUUGCCGUAGACCAGGCCCUGCGUCUGCCUCGAGCAGCAUCAAAAUCAUGGCGACCUUGGGUGUGAAAUAGAGUCCAAUGCUCGAACUUUAUAGGCCUACACACAACCGAUUUGCCGCAGCGGCAGAUCGCACCUUUUGUAAGUUCCCAGCUCGUCGAUAGAGCCGCUCAAUUGGUGGGAGCGUGGAUGGAAAUAUCAGGUUUCAUAAGAAUCUACGUCACCUAUAAUGAGCUCACAAGAUUAUGCUGCUGUUGUUACUGCUGCGUAUCGGCAAGUGCUUUUGAUAUGUUCUGAGAUUAGAAUCAUCGGAUUCUCAUGCCUGCUAACAAUGCCUUCUUGGUAGAUUCGUGCUGGAAAUGAACUUCAGAUAUUCAUGCUUUCUUACCGGCUUGUCCCCCGUCGCAAUCGACCUACCGACCGACCCAAAAUGUGCAUCUUCGACGUUAAACAAUAAUUAUCUAUACUCACUUGCCCCGCGCAGGAUUUGAGAUCUCAGCUUUCUGGAUGCCAUUGGCUGCACUGAUAAACUACAAUGACUUUACAUGCGGCAUUGUAUCUUCUCCCACUACUGCCAUAAUGCAGAUAUGUAUGAUACCGGGUACAAGACCAGGAGUCAUGCGAUAUUUCCAGCUCACUGUAAAACCUCCAGCCCAUCUGCUGCUACCUCAACAGCGUAUGAGAGCGUUGAUUCCGUGCUUUGUACCAAAACGAGCCCAAAUUCUGUCUCUAACAAUAAUAAUUAACAAGCAGCGGGGGCACAAGCGAGCUACCUACAACAGCUUACAAGAGAAUGUAAGCAAAAUGAAGUACUGAGUGACUAUGAACGAGACACAGUAAGCGCAAACAGCAGUAGAUAUUUACGUUUACUGUACACUCAGAUUCUGCGAAUUGCACGGCCUUCUUGUCUUCUGGGGCUUUCAACAUUCUUCACUUUUGUCCACCAACCAGGAAUGAGGUUUAUGAGGAAAGCCAUGACAUUAUACAUGCAUCCACGCUCGUCUAGGGAAAGUGCACGUCGAUAGUUCAAGAAGAGGCUCGUUCUAGACCGACCGCUGGUAGAGCGGAAAGGUCCUAGUAAGAAACCCCAAAAGGUAAACGAGAAAUGACGUCGAGCACCUUUGCAGGAUGGAAGCAAGCAACGAAGCAACUUCUCGAGAGGCACUUUGAAUUUC